GUGGCGCAGUGGCGCCAUUCCCAUUGCACCCAGUUGUAAUUCUUUCAGACGGCCACCAGGUAACGCUGCGAUGCAAUGGCAUCUUUCUCCCACCAGGCGGCGCUGUGGAGCAGUUCCCCGUUUGCCCAGCAGGGGGCGCCGUGGAGGCGGCGCUGCUCCGUGUGCUGCAGCUCCCGGACCCCCAUCAGCGCUCAGUGCGGCUGCAGGCGAUGGAGGUUUUGGGGGCGCUGGGUUGCAGCCCGGCGGCUUUGGGGGCGGCGUUGGAGGCGGUGCUGGAAAUGGCGGCCGAUGGGGAGGCGGAGGAGCGGCGCGUGCUAUUUGGGCUCUGUGGGGCCGCGGCCGAAGCCCUGCGGGAGGGGGCGGAGCCAAUGCUGCCCAAGCUCCUCCCCCUCCUCCUGAACAGCCUCCAAGCUCCGCCCCCUGCGGUGCCCUCAUCUGCCUCCGAUUCGUUCCUUCUCUUUGAUGCUGCUGAGGACGAGGAGGGGGCGGAGCCAAUGGACGGCGAGGAGGAGGAGCACGUGAUGGUGGAGGUGGGCGGAGACUUCGUGGCGGAAGUGGAGGCGGCGUGCGAGGGGGCGGGGCUUGUCGCUGAGCAUUGUGGCUCCGCUUUUGAGCCCUAUUUCUCGCCUGUGCUGGAAGCGCUGCUGCCGCUGCUGGAGUUCCCGCACCCGGAAGUGCGCGCAGCCGCCUAUGGGGCACUGGGGGGGCUGAGCUGUGGGGCCGGCAGAUCUAUGGGGCACCGAGAGCUGCAGGGCCGGGCGCUGGCGGCGCUGCUGGGGGCGGUGAGGGCGGAAAAGGGGGCGGGGCCAGCGAGGGCGGGGCUUACGGCGCUCUGCAAGGGCCUAAGCCCCGCCCCCAGCCCCCAGCUGCUGCGCGCCAUUGGCUGCCUGAUGGCUGACGUCAUCAACGGCAAGAUCCGCUGCCUCCAAGACGGCGACGGAAGUGAAGAUGAUGAGGAGGUGGAGGCCGCAGCGGAGCUGAGGGAGCUGGCUGGGGAAGGCCUGGCGGCGGUGGGCGGGGCUUCCCCUGGGGGCGGAGCUUUAAGUGACGCCUUCCGCCAAGCCCUGCCAAGCCUGUUGGCCUGCCUGAGCGGCGACGUGGCACAGCGCUCCUGGGCGGCAGCCAUCUUGGGUGAGGCAGGAGUGCACCUGGAAGAGGGCGUGGCCAAAGAGCUGCUCCCUCUGAUUGGCCCCGCCCUCGCUAGAAGCUCCGCCCACGACCCGGAUCCGGAAGUGCGAAGCAACGCUCUCUGCAGCAUCGGGCGUUUAGCGGCCAAUGGGGUCGCGUUGGGGGCGGCGUGGCCGGGCUUGGCUGCCAUUGGUCGAGCGCUGCGGGAGGAGGGGCCGGGCAGGGCGAGGGACAACGCCUGCGGGGCUUUGGUCCGCCAUAAGGGGGCGCUGCCGGAUGCGGAACUGCUUGCUCUGCUGCUCCCUGCGCUGCCGUUGACGGAGGAUUUUGAGGAGAAUUCGGCCGUUUUCGGGUAUUUGCUGCAGCUGCAUCGACGGCAGCUCCUCCCCCACGCUGAGGAAUUGCCGCGGGUCUGCAGCGCCGUUGGGAUGGGGAGAAUGGAGAGAGAUCUGGAGGCUGCGGUUGUGGGGCUGCUGCUGGAGCUGUGGAGGAGCUGCCCCAUAGAAGUGGGGCGGGGAAUGGAGCGGCUGCCCCAUAGCGAGCGGGAGAGGCUGCAGAGGGCCAUGGGAUUGGACGACGCGGCCGCCGUGAUGCCAACACCUGACCAAUAAAAGAAUGAAGCCAAA